UUGCCCUAGCGCUAGGUCACUCCGCAGCCCGUCGCACUCUUCGUCAGCGCUGGAGUGGAGAGCUUACCCGAGUCCUCCCUCUGCAAUUUAACCAAAAACCCAAGGUGUCAAAAUGAACAACGAGUACGACUUGGUGACGGAAGAACCGGUGCUCGUGGAGAAGAGGUCGGACAGCCCGGAUAAAGCGGAACCCAAAUAUGAAAACACGGUUGAAAUGAUUGAGCAAGUGUACAGCGAGAUCCAAGUGCACAGCGAGAUCCAAGUGCACGCGUCAGAAGAUGGGGACCAGGAUGGGACAGCUCGGGACAGGGCUGCCUCUUCUUCUUCUUCAUCUUCUUCAUCUUCGUCUGAUGAUGAUGAGGAGGAAGUGAAGACAGAGACGGUGGUGCUGGAGAUAACGCCCGAGGAGGUGGUGAAAGUUAACAGUAAAGAACACAAAGAGGAGCCUGAGGAGCAUCAUGAAGAGGAGAAGCACGAGGAGAUCCAGUCCAGCUCCAGAAGAUCGUCCACGUCUUCUGCCUCCUCGGCUUCGGCAGCAGAACCUCUCCCCUGCGUCGAGCCCCCGCACGAGGAGACCAAAGAAGAACCUAAAGUUGAAGACCCCAUUGACUUCAGCAUCCAGACUCUAGAAAACACCACACUGGACGAGAGCAGCAUCGCAGCAGUCGAUCCCACACAGCCUGAAAUCUCACUGUUCGUCAAGGUUCACCUCUUCACAGAUCUGAUCAGUAACCGCAGACUGUGCACCUGCAACUCAGCCUAA